ACAAAUAAACAAGGGCAUAGUCCGAAAAGGACUGGGUAUAAAAAGACAGAGAAAAAAGGACUGAGAAAGAGAGAAUAGAAGAGAGAGAGAGAGAAAAGAAGAGAGAGAGAGAGAGAGAGAGAGAUUGAGAGAGAGAGAGAGAGAGAGAGAGAGAGAGAGAGGGGAAGAACUGUUCUCCAAACGUGUUAAUACCAUUAUGGCUCUGAGUGUUGCAGGAACAAUUCUGCUUGCAACCUGUAUUACCUUCCUGCUGUAUCUGAUAUCAUGGUGGAACAAGUUCAGGAAAGAAAAUUUGCCCCCUGGGCCGACCCCUUUACCUUUAUUAGGGAACCUUUUGAACAUUAGUCCUAAAGAGCUUCCAAAGUCUUUGUUGAAGCUGAGUGAGACCUAUGGACCCGUUUUUACUCUUGAUUUGAUUGCGGAACGUGUCAUGGUACUGGUUGGUUAUGAUGCAGUGAAAGAGGCUCUGGUAGACCGAAGUGACUCGUUUAGUGAUCGCGGAAGCACACAAAUUGUUGACCUAUUCUUUAAAGAUUAUGGCAUCAUUUUUAGCAAUGGGGAUCGUUGGAAAACCAUGCGUAGGUUCUCUCUCAUGACACUGAGGAAUUUUGGCAUGGGGAAGAGAAGCAUUGAGGAGAGAAUUCAGGAAGAAGCAGUGUGUCUGGUGGAUGAGAUCAAAACACACAAAGAUUCCCCAUUUGACCCAACGUACAUGUUAAUAUCAUCUGUCUCCAAUGUCAUCUGCUCCGUAGUCUUUGGUGAGAGGUUUGACUACAAAGACAAGGAGUUUAAGACUCUUCUGUUCAACCUAAGAGAAAUGACCAAACUUUUUGGCAGUGCUACUGGGCAGCUUCUCAAUUUCUUUCCAAAUGCUAUCAGCUAUAUACCUGGUCCUCAUCAAAAGAUUUUCACAUACUUCAACAGUAUAAAGGAGUUUUUGAAGGAAAAGUUGGCUGCCCACAAAGAGUCACUGGAUGAGAAUUGCCCCCGGGAUUUAAUUGACUGUUUCCUUAUCAAGAUGAAUGAGGAGAAAAAAAAUCCUAACACUGAAUUUAAUGAUGAUAAUCUAAUCAGCACUGUUGAUGAUCUAUUUUUUGCUGGGACGGAGACUACAAGCAUAACAUUAACAUACGCCCUCUUGAUCAUGCUGAAAUACCCUCACAUACAAGAGAAGGUCCACAAUGAGAUAGAUCGUGUGGUAGGCCAUGAGCGCUUGCCAUCAAUAGAUGACCGGAGCAAAAUGCCAUAUACCGAUGCUGUGAUCCAUGAGAUUCAGAGAUUUGCAGAUAUUGUGCCAAUGGGGGUUCCUCGUGCAGCCAGCAAAGACACAACCUUUAGAGGAUACCAUAUCCCAAAGGGUAUGACAUUGUUUCCAAUAUUAACGUCUGUCCUGAAGGAUCCAAAAUAUUUCAAAAAUCCACAACAGUUUGACCCGAAUCAUUUUCUUGAUGAAAACGGAGGUUUUAAGAAAUCUGAGAGUUUUAUUCCAUUUUCUGUAGGAAAACGAGUGUGCGCUGGUGAAGGCAUGGCCCGUAUGGAGUUAUUUCUUUUCCUAACCACCAUACUACAGAAGUUAACCUUGAAGCCGACAGUAGAUGAAAAGGACAUUGAGAUCACACCAGAACCUAACAGCAACGCAUCAAGACCUAGGAAAUAUACUAUGUAUGCCGUCCCUCGCUAACAAUACAAAGGCCAAGCUGCUUAGUCUAGACCUGUUUUUGAGAAGACCUGGAUCUGAAUCAUGAAGACAACAUCCUGAAUAACAAGAACAUGUCAUUGAAAGUUUUCUCUUCAUUUUUUUAAUUAUAUUUGUAGAAGAUUUUUUGGGGUCAUUCUACAUUGAAGAAGUUCUAUAUUCUGAUGAUUUAAGAUAAUCAUAAAAGCACAAUACAACCCCAGUGAUUCUAUUAAAAGAACAUGGACCAUUACAAAGGGGAGACUUGUAUGAAAUAUUUUGGGAUGUAUAUUUAUCUCAAUUGCACAAAUUGUAUUUGCUGUGAAAUAUAAACACCUAUUAUGAAUAAAUGGCAAUAGACAAAAAUAA